UUCUAAAUAUGGACCAGUCUAUGAAGGUUAAUAAAUAAAGGAAUUUCCUGAUAACUUUAAAAUUCUCCAAUGAAUAUAUGAAAGAAGAGAACUGCUGCAGCAACAACAAAAAAAAAGGAAAAAAAAAAAGAGAACUAAGAGAAGAAAUUCAAUUUACCCAAACUCCAAACAAAGUCUAACAAUAAAAUGGAGAAAACAUGCAUUGCGAGUUUCCUUUCCUCUAACCUGUUAGGGACUAGAGAGAGAGCGUCUGUCUGUUGGUGAUAAGAGUAAAAUGAUGGCUGGUUUCCAUAUUCGUAAAUUCUUGCUUUAAAGCAAACCAUGAUGGGAUUCUCCAACCUAAAAGGUUUAGGGAGAAGUGAGUUGAGACAAACCACAGAGAAAAUUAUUCUUUAUUAGAUAGUUUGGAAUUAAUUAUUAACUAACUAGGGUAGGGAAUCCAUACCUAAACAGUAAGUAUGGGAAUUACGGUAAUUAGAUAGUUUGGUUCAGAUUAUGAAACUAGGACCACAACAUGGAAUGGUUGACUGUCAUCAAUGUUAGUAUGUGGUCUGAAAUGAUUCGGGCCACUAUAAACGGGAUAAAAUCGUUGCAAAUAGUGUGAUCUGCUACUCACUAACUCAAUCACUAACUCAGAUUAAAAUAACACCAAAUAUUCACUUAUACAUUUCACAAAACAAACUGCGAGCUUGAUCAAUUCGCGGCUAUGGGCAGUACAAGCACAGAGUAAACUUGUUAGAUCCAUAUUGUGAGACCAGAACGCCACAAUCUUGUUUGAUUGACAGUCUCUCACGUUAGUGUGUAGUAUGAAGUGGUAUAUACCACAAUAAUUACGCAUUAAACUAUAAUCUAACGCAAUCUGGACCUACAAAAUGAAACGAGCUAAAAUUAUAUUUACUAUAACUUAUCCAAUACAACUCACUGCACUGGGUCAAAUGAGAAUGUGAAACAAGGUCGCACCCAACAGCUUAAGGGUUGACGUUGACUCGACGACUCCCAAGUCCUAAAUGCUAAAAUUAGCUCUUGGGAACUUGUACGGCCCAAAAACGGAGCAAACUAACUAUAAGUCUAGUUGGUGAGUGAGUUCCCAUACGAACCAGAACCCGAGACUGCUUAGCAAGUAACCAGAAUCAUACGACAUGUAACCAGACUGAGGAAAACGACAGACAGAGAUCGAGUUAUAUAUUUGGAAUUGGACUGAGAAGAGAGUUCCAUCGAGUUACGACAAGAAGAAGAAGAAGGGGAAGCAUCCUGCAACGUGGAACACAAGAAAUUAAACUCCCUCUCUCUCUCUCUCUCUCUCUCUCUCUCUCUCUCUCACUUACCAAAAGUUGAAAGCAACUGCUCCAUCUUCCUUUCCUCACCACUCCUUUUUCCACUUCUUCCCACCCCUGCUACUUUCACUUGUUUUGGUUUGGUUUGUUCAUAAUUAUUGGCUGUGAGCUCAAUCCGACGACUACGAUUCUAAACUGGGUGAUUUGUAUGAAACUUUAACACAAAGUUAUUAACAUCAUAAAAACAUGGUUAAUAUGAGAUUUAAACCACGCAAGCACUUCACAUAAUUCCAUGUCACAUAAUAAAUAUCCAGAUAAGAAAAGCACCAGCAAAAGGAGAAUAGCUCAAUUUAAACUUACCCACUCAUAAUUAGUCCCCUUUAAGUAAGUGAGUAACACGUUUUUGUGAGAGAAAACUGUAAUUUUCUAUCUCUGAGUCUCUCUCUGCUACUAACCCUUCUCUUUUCUUUGUUAGUUGAAAUCAUUAUGGUCACAAGGCUACACGGAAAAGCCAAAAGGGGAAGGAAGGCAGUGACGAACCAGGGGAACAGCUAGCCAGCCCUCUUUCACCUCCAUUUCCAUUUCCAUUUCCAUUGCAUACACUUCAAAAGCUGUUCACAUUAUCCAAUUUCCCUUCUCUUCUCACUCUGCAAUAAUUCCACUUCCCCCAACUUCCAGCUCUCAAUAUCAAUGUACACCCCUUUUUCAGACAAAAGAAAGAAAAAAACGAAACUCUUUUGUUGAUUGAUCAAGUAUUUCUGGUUCUUGUCAGUGAAAAUAAAGGCUACUGUUGCUACUUUCAACUACUACUGCCAAUAACACUCAUUACUUCUCCAUCCCCUUCUUCUCCCUUCACCAUUGAUUAUGUUGCUUCCUACUAACUAGAAGAGCUACGACUCUCUCUCUCUCUCUCUCCUCUCGCCAUCUCUUCAUUUAUAUGCCCUGCGAAAAGCUCUUUCCUUUCUCUACUUUCUGGCGAAGUUACCAGCUUGGAGGUGUUUUUAUUUCUUACCAAGAUUGCACCUUUCUUUACUUCCAGCUCCUCUCUCAGGUACCCAUUUACCAACUCUGCUCAAAUUUUUACCGUGUGUCAGUAAAUCUUUUCUGGGUUGGUUCUCUAUGUAUGGCCUUAGUUGGCAAACAUUGGAAACCCAAAUGAAAGGAGGAUCAAUAAGAGCUUGAAGUUGCAGCUUUUUUCUUUGUAAAAGAAGUUGCAGCUGUUGGCACAAAUUUCAGAUGCUAUAGUUGGCGUAAUUUGACACUUCUCCAACACAAACUUUCAUCUCUUUUGUUUAUGCAAAAUAUGGUAUUACCAAGCCUGCUAUGAUAGGAAUCACAAUUACUGUCAGUUACUUAGAGAGAGAGGGAGGGAGAGAGGGAGAGAGAUAUCUUUCACUUCAUUUUUUACAGGCAGCUUGCCUUUGAGUUGUGGCUGGGAUUAGAUGGCUGACGCCAUUGAUGUGACAAGUUUUCAGUCUCUUUUUUCCAAUUGGGUAUCAAAAAGAUUGGUACUUUAUUGCUGCAAAGCUCUCUCAUUUACUUGUUGUGGCCCCCUUGCCCCCUUUCACCCUGCAAUUUUACCUCCUACAGGCCCUUCCAUCACAAACAACUUGCUCUAUAUUAGAGACCGAGUCUGGUAAAUUGAGCUGCACUUGUCCAUUCCUAAAGAAAGAAAAGGAAGAUAGUCUUAAUACUGAUGAUCAUUUUGGGUUGCAGUGUGUUGUAGCUUUGCUCCUCAAGUACACAAGAAUGUUCCUCUUUCCAUGGGUUGUAAUUUCAAGGACCCGUUUGGUUUAGCAGCCGGGUUUGGUGAACCAAGCAUCUCUCAGUUUCUAGUGCCUGAUCAAAGGUCUGAACUUUACUCGGUGGAUCUGAAGCUUGGAAGGAACUUUGGUCCAGACCUUGGCAAGUGCAGAGAUUACCACCGACGGCAUAAGGUCUGUGAGGUCCACUCGAAAACCGCCAGAGUUUUCAUUAAGGGCCAUGAACAACGCUUCUGCCAGCAGUGUAGCAGGUUCCACUCGUUAGGAGAAUUUGAUGAAGGGAAAAGGAGCUGCAGAAAGCGACUUGAUGGGCACAACAGAAGAAGAAGGAAGCCUCAGCCUGAUUCCCUCUCUAUGAAUUCCGCCAGGCUUUUCUCUGAUCACCAUGCAGGUACAAGAUAUUUGCAGUUUGGCAGCUCACAGAUCUUCUCAACCACACUUGCUGCAACUUCACAUUGGCAUGCUGGCUCCAUUAAAUCUGAGAAUGAGCCAAUCCUAGAUUACAGUAACAACACCAGCAGCAGCAGCAGCAGACAAUCCACUUUGAAUUUCAUAGCAAGCAACAACAGCAGUCACAAAAGCAGUCUUCUUCUCCCUACUUCUUCAACAUUAUCCCACCAUAGUUCUUAUAACAAAGCAGGGAAGCAGUUCCCUUUCCUACAACAACCCACUGCAGAAGACGAAGAAGCAGCAGGCGACUCAUCUGGUGGUCUACAAUCGUCCAAACUGUUUGUCGAUUCUAAUCGUGCUCUCUCUCUUCUGUCAUCUCCUCCAAUGGUUCAUCCUGAUCUCAACCCUCCUAUUAACCCACAAGUCCAGAAUUCAGUCCAUAGUUUGAGCAGCUGCUACAAUGGACUAGGCAUUGAAAGUGAAUCAAUUGGGUCUGUUUUGGUAGCAGCUGAUGGAAGCAGCAAUAGUAAUAGUAAUGGUGGUCUGUUUCAGGUUGGACCUGGUGAUGAUGAUGGGUCUAAUGGGAAUGGAAGUGGCUCUCAUGAUCAUCAUCUCCAGACACUCUCUUUCACUUGGCAGUAAACCAACUAAACAUCUUUUUUUCAAGUCUUUUAGUGCCAAUGAAAUAAUAAGGAAAAAAGGGUUCCUUGUUGUGUUAGAAUUCUGAUGAAUCUUUUUAUUUAUUGCUGAUCUUAUGUGGGAUUCCUCAUUUUGCUCCCUCCAAUCAAGAAUUGUGGGUGCAACAUUUGUCAAAUGAUAAUGACGUUAGUAUCUCUUAAGAUUCUUAUAAUACGUAAUUUAUUGCUUCUAUUGGAUCACUGAGAACUGAGAAAUCCUUAGGUUCCCCUCGGUUUCUUCAUGAUUCAUCAGAUGGAGAAAUCAAAACUACAACCAUGACUACCGAUUUUGUUCCUAUUCGAGCAUGUCGAGAGUCUCUCGCGCAACCAAAACACGACUGAGACUCUUUUCUUUGCAGAUGUCCUUAUCUGUUGUUAACGAAAAGAUGACGAAUCUGACUAUGAGAGCUCAGCCUCUAAAUGCUAUGAAGUUCAAGAUAAGAUCUUAGCUCGGCAUCCAACCAUGACGAAUUGACAGUAAACGUGUGAGGGUUCUGUUUCGAAUAAGCUUAUUUGCUAAUAGAUUCCACCCUAGCUAGUUCUAUCCGUUUACAAUAGCAGGGCAUCCAUCCAACAUAUCAGAUCAGUAGUCCAUUGGAAAGCAACAAAACAGCACCAAAUGCUGUUGCUUUUCCUUUUUGCACAGAAAGAACCUCGGAGGCAUUAUUCCAGCCAACCAACAUUAUCCUUUGAUGGACCAGUCCACUUGGAACCAAGGUUGUCAAACCGGUUUAAGUCAUUGAGCCGGUCAAGCAAGGGGUUUGAGGUUUAAUGGUCUGAUUGGAGUCCGGCCGGUUUGAGCCGUUUUAGACGUUUUCUAAAUAUAUAUACAAAUAAAGUAGUAAUUAAAAAUUUAAUGAGUGAAAUAAAAUUUAUCUUACAUAUAUCUAUUAAAAACUUAUUUUCAACAAAAUAAAUCUACCUAACCUCCAUGAUCCACCUACCAUUUCCCUUCCUUCGUUCCUUUUCCUCUCUUCUGCCUCUCUUCUUCUUCCUGUUUAGGGGUCAGACCGGAGGGUUUUCUGGAGGCCGUUUUGAAGCCCGACUCGGGUUGAACCGGGUCCAACCGGGGAGUUCGAUAGGGGUUUAACAACCUUGCUUGGAACACCAAUGACCUAAUUCUAAGGACUGUCGUCUAGUGUUUAUCCAGCUAUUAUAUGUUCAUUCUGUCUCCCGAUAAUGUCACCAUGAAUUUUGUCCCAAUAAUACGAGGGCGGGAAAAUAAUGGAAAUUUGGAUCUUUUAGCAUUUACAUGAGUACAUGAUACUCCCCCACAAAAGAAACCCUAGUUUGUGGAGCUUGAAACUUGUAUUAUUGUUCCACACUAUCGUGUCAUAUUUUGUGCAAGUCUUGAGUUAAUGAAUUUUGAAUAUUUUU